GAAUUAUUGCCCAUGCAUAAUGCAUUUAACAUUGAAAAUAAGAUCUUCUUCCUUCACUGUCAUCCAAUAUUGAUAUUUCUUUGACUAUUUUCUCCUUAGAUUCUAAGCUACUGGCUAAUCUUUCAGCUAAUUACGUUCUCACCACAUGCAAAUUUACACUAUCUUGUAAGAAGACAGUCUAUCAACAUAUAUGUAUCUUUCAGGCAAGCUUGCAUUAGUUGUGUUUGCUUAAGUAGUCAUUUUCUCGGAAAAGCGAUGUACAACUCCAUUGUUGAUGGAAGUUUUAGCCAGCAUUGGCAGAAGAAGAUGAGACGUGGAGUUUUUUUUGGUGGUUUGGUUCUUGGAUUCUUCAUUUGCAUAUACUUCACACCAUAUCAAGGCCCUUUACCGUUUGGGGCGGAUGUGACUACUCGUGUGAAGUCCCGGAUAGUUUGCCAUUUUACAGAACCAGAAUCAGAUUUUUGUGAGAUGCAUGGAGAUAUAAGAAUUCUUGGCAACUCGUCAACAAUUUUCAUUCCUGAUUUUAGGGUAGCAGAUAUGUUUACAAAGAACAAUUUGUCAGGAAUAAAGCCUUAUGCAAGGAAGACUGAUGAAAUUGCACUGGAACAUGUACGACAAUUCAGCUUUUCUCAAGAAAUGCCCAGAUGUACACAAAAUCACAGAGUUCCGGCUAUAUUAUUCUCUAUCGGAGGAUACACAGGAAACUACUUUCACAGCUUCACUGAUGUGGUUAUUCCAUUAUAUACUACAUCCCGAAAAUUUAAUGGUCAAGUACAAUUUCUUCUAGCAGACAAGAAUGGUUCCUGGACUACAAAGUUUCAAGUAGUGUUAAAGAAGUUGUCAAAUUAUGAGGCUAUUGACAUAGAUAAAGAAGACGGAGUGCAUUGCUUCCCAAGCAUGAUAAUUGGUCUCAAAAAGUAUAAGGAGCUGAGUAUUGAUCCACUGACAUCACCAGAUUAUUCAAUGACGAAUUUCAGGGAGUUCUUAAGAAGUUCGUACUAUUUGAAGAGGGAAUAUGCCAUUAGAUUAGGCUCGAAAGAAAAGAGAAGACCGAGGCUGCUAAUUAUUUCAAGGAAAAGAACUAGAACAUUAAUGAAUGAGCAUGAGCUUGUUACAAUGGGGCAAAAUUUAGGGUUCGAUGUUGUUGUUGCAGAGGCCAGGUCAAAUAUAUCUGAAGUUUCACAGUUGGUGAAUUCUUGUGAUGUGCUGAUGGGAGUACAUGGUGCUGGCCUAACAAAUAUUGUUUUUCUUCCCAAAAAUGCUGUUUUCAUCCAAGUGUUACCAAUACCAUCUGGUGAUUUCGAAAGGAUUGCUAGAACUUCUUUUGGAGAUCCUUCAGAAACUAUGAACUUGAGGUACCUGGAAUAUAAGAUUAGUGAAAAAGAGAGCUCUCUGAUACAGAAGUACCCGCUCGAUCAUGAAGUCUUCAAGAACACUCACACAAUUGCAGAAAAGGGUUGGUUUUACUUUAAGUCUAUGUAUUUGGAAAAUCAAAAUGUAAAACUUGAUGUUCUUAGGUUUAAAACAACUUUGUUGGAAGCUCUUCAGAUGUUAAGUAUGUAAAAGUUAUCUUGACAGAAAUUUUGCAGAGAGUUGUCUGCACUUCAAAUGUAACAAAACAUCUACUUUAAAGUUGAUUGAUCACUGAUACAAGUCACUAAUGGAAACCAUGAA